GCAACGCAUGUUAAGCUUUCAUACAACCAGUUUUCACAGUCUUCACGUACGUCUCUCUCUUACUUCUUGGCGCCAUUCGCGGCGUGCUUUGAAUAUUUCUGUUCGAAAUCCAUUACACCUUUCCAUCUCCCAAAACGCAUACCUUGAUCAAGAAGAAGACACGGGGAGAAGCAGAGGAGAAGAACUGAUCCUCAUCACGGUGAAAAUGGAGGAAUACUUGAGACAGAACUUCGACGUAGAAGCCAAAAGACCUUCUGAGGAAGCUCUCAUGAAAUGGCGACGAGCCGUUUCCGUUGUCAAAAAUCCUCGCCGCCGGUUCCGUAUGGUGGCGGAUCUCGCUAAGCGUGCUGAAGGUGAAAGGAAGCGGAGGAAACUCCAGGAAAAGGUACGAAUAGCACUUUAUGUUCAAAAGGCAGCGUUACAUUUCAUUGAUGCGGGUAAUCGUGUUGAGUACAAGCUGACUAGAAAAGUCAGUCAAGCUGGUUUUGGCAUUGAACCUGAUGAACUAGCUGCACUUGUUAGAACACACGAUGUCAAGGGCUUGGAAGCCCAUGGAGGAGUGGAAGGUUUAGGUAGAAAGACAUCUGUAUCUCUAAAUGAUGGUGUUGUGUCAAGUGAAUUAGCAGUUAGGCAAAAGAUCUAUGGCUCGAACCAACAUGCAGAAAAACCUUCUCGAACAUUUUUUAUGUUUGUCUGGGAAGCUCUGCAUGACUUAACUCUAAUUGUUCUAAUGAUAUGUGCUGCUAUUUCAAUGGGCGUUGGCGUCUCCACUGAAGGGUGGCCAAAAGGUAUAUAUGAUGGUUUAGGAAUUUUUCUCAGUAUAUUCCUAGUUGUGAUGGUGACUGCAGUAAGCGACUAUAAACAAUCCUUGCAAUUCAAGGACCUGGAUAGAGAGAAGAAAAAUAUAAUCAUUCAGGUUACACGAGAAGGAAGCAGACAGAGAGUCUCUAUCUAUGAUUUGGUGGUUGGUGACAUUGUUCAUCUCUCAAUCGGUGAUCAGGUUCCUGCAGAUGGUAUUUUUAUAUCAGGUUAUAGCUUAUCAAUCGAUGAGUCAAGUUUGUCGGGCGAGAGUGAGCCAGUGAAUGUAAGCCGAGAGUGGCCAUUUCUUCUAUCAGGAACCAAAGUGCAAGACGGUUCUGGUAAAAUGUUAGUGACUGCUGUUGGUAUGAAGACUGAAUGGGGAAGAUUAAUGGUUACCCUGAACGAAGGUGGAGAGGAUGAGACACCAUUGCAAGUGAAGCUUAAUGGGGUUGCUAAUAUUAUCGGAAAGAUUGGAUUGGGUUUUUCAGUUCUAACAUUUUUGGUUCUUGUUACACGCUUCUUAGUGGUGAAGUCUCUUCAUGAUGAAAUCACAGUAUGGGCUCCCAAUGAUGCAAUGACACUUUUAAAUUACUUUGCCAUUGCAGUGAUUAUAAUUGUCGUUGCAGUUCCCGAAGGACUACCUUUGGCAGUGACACUAAGUCUUGCCUUUGCAAUGAAACAAUUGAUGAAAGAGAGAGCACUGGUGAGGCAUCUCUCUGCCUGUGAAACAAUGGGUUCCGCUAGCUGCAUUUGCACUGACAAAACUGGUACAUUGACUACAAAUCAUAUGGUAGUGGAUAAAAUAUGGAUCUGUGAAGUAACUAAAGCACUAGAAAACAAUAGGAAUGAAGAUUUUUUGAAGUCUUCGGUCUCAGAAGACGUAUUCAGCGUCCUUUUGCACUCUAUAUUUCAGAAUACUAGCUCAGAAGUAGUGAAAGGGAAAGAUGGAAAGACUAACAUUUUAGGUUCUCCAACAGAAAGAGCAUUGUUGGAAUUUGGAUUGCUUAUUGGAGGUAAUUUCAAGACUCAUCGUCAAGAAUCCAACAUAGUGAAAGUUGAACCAUUCAACUCGGUGAAGAAAAAGAUGUCUGUGCUUGUGUCUCUCCCUAACAAUGGGGGAGUACGAGUUUGUAAAGGUGCAUCAGAAAUAAUUCUUAAAAUGUGUGAUAAAGUCCUCAAUGGGAAUGGCGAAGCAGUGUCUCUGUCUGAAGAGAAAAGAGAAAAUAUCAAUGAUAUCAUAAAUGGUUUUGCCUCUGAAGCGCUGAGGACUUUAUGCUUGGCAUUCAAGGACAUCGAUGAAAGCAGUGAUGUAAAUAACAUUCCUGAUGAUAAUUAUACACUAAUAGCUGUUAUUGGAAUUAAGGAUCCUGUCCGGCCAGGAGUAAAAGAAGCUGUGCAAACUUGUCUAGCUGCUGGAAUUACUGUGAGAAUGGUAACAGGUGACAAUAUUAACACUGCCAAGGCUAUAGCUAAAGAGUGUGGUAUCUUGACCGAAGAUGGUUUAGCAAUAGAAGGACCAGAUUUUCGUAAGAAAAGUCUGCAGGAGAUGCAGGAGUUAGUACCGAAACUGCAGGUUAUGGCCCGAUCAUUGCCUUUGGACAAACACACUUUAGUAAACCAAUUAAGAGAUGUCUUCCAAGAAGUUGUUGCUGUAACUGGUGAUGGGACAAAUGAUGCUCCUGCUUUGCAUGAGGCAGAUAUUGGACUUGCUAUGGGUAUUGCAGGAACAGAGGUUGCAAAAGAAAAUGCUGAUGUAAUAAUUUUGGAUGAUAACUUCACAACCAUAGUGAAUGUUGCCAGAUGGGGUCGUGCUGUUUAUAUCAACAUCCAAAAAUUUGUUCAGUUCCAGUUGACAGUAAAUAUUGUCGCUUUAAUGAUCAAUUUUGUUUCUGCCUGCAUCUCGGGUUCUGCGCCUCUCACAGCUGUUCAGAUGCUUUGGGUUAACUUGAUCAUGGAUACGCUUGGUGCACUGGCAUUGGCUACGGAGCCUCCUCACGAGGGGCUAAUGAAGAGACCUCCAAUUGGGAGGAAUGUACACUUGAUCACCAGAGUCAUGUGGAGGAAUAUCAUUGGCCAGAGCAUCUAUCAACUGAGUGUUCUUGGUGUUAUCCAAUUUUAUGGGAAACAUAUUCUCAAGCUCACCGGUCCUGAUGCUACUGCUAUCCUCAAUACAAUCGUAUUUAAUACCUUUGUGUUUUGUCAGGUUUUCAAUGAAAUCAACAGCAGGGAUAUGGAAAAGAUAAACGUUUUACGUGGGAUAUUCAACAGCUGGAUUUUCAUUGCUGUUAUGGUGUCAACAGUAGGUUUCCAGGUUAUCAUGGUUGAAUUCUUGGGAACUUUUGCUGGAACAGUACCACUAAGCUGGAAAUUCUGGUUAUUGAGUGUCUUAAUGGGAGCUGUAAGCCUACUUGUCGGCGUCAUCCUUAAGUGCAUUCCUGCUCAAGGAAGCCCAGAGGCUGCAGCUGCUGCUAAUCAUGAUGGCUAUGAACAGCUUCCUAGUGGCCCAGAUAUGGCAUGAAAAUGCAGGAAGCCCCCAUGAAAUUUAUUGGAGUAACUGUGCUGCUAAUCCUCCAAAUGUUGAGUUGCUUCUGGUUCAGACUUUGCUGUUAUCUGUUUGAGCCAAAGUUUCCUAUUCUCACGGUGAAUGCAGUUCUGCAGAUAACCAAAUAAGGAUCAGAGAUUGCAAGCUCUUGCCAUAAUUCUUUUGUUUAGUUAUGUUUUCAAUAGUAUUCUUUAAUUUAUAAUUUCUUUUUCUUAUUUUCUAUUGUUUUUUGGUCAUUCCUUCAUUUUAUAAGAAAAGGUGGUGAAUUUUUUUGAA